GGCAAGCAAAGACGCUUGAGACGCUAGCGCCGUCAGACGCAGGGUGACGGAACGAACUGUCGUUGUGGGUCUAUUUGUCUCACUUGCCAAGACAAGGCAUGUCUGAUGUCACGUAUCGCUAGCUGUAAGUCGGUAGCACUGUGCGCUGCAGGCAACGACGCUCGCCUGCUAGGCCCCCGUUUAGUACGCGCAGUUGAGCGAGAGCACUGCUGGCAGAAAGCACAACGCUGAUUCGCCCGAAUUGACAGACACGCAACUGGCAAAUCCGUUCCUUGAGGGAGAAGCUCGAUUCGUCAGAGCUUCCUCUUAAGGACCACAGCCGGGCCUUUGCCGAGAAAAUCCCGCAUUUUGCCGGGGCAAUCUCAAGUGGAUCCGCGCUGGAAGCAGGGUUAUUGUCUGUUUAACUUUUUGAGGGAAGGACCAACAUGAGGCGUUCGAGGUCAAAAUACCAUGUCGGUACUUUUGUCACUGGGUCAGCUGUUCAGCGACUGACGCUAGUUGGAAUGUAUUCUGCAGUGUGGGUCACUUCAGCACAUAGCUCGCCUGUCAAUUCUGCAACUGUGUCCCCUUCGUUCUUUUUCCUGCAUUCCAAGCCGCCUCAUGGCUCCCCCCCAAAUGAGAGGACCACUGGAGAGUCCAGUGGCUCCAACGCCUCCAUAGAGUUGAUGGAAAUGCAGCCUACGCAACCAGAGUCCCUUUCCCCGACCGCGAUGGCCGCACGUCGCCCGAAUGUACCACCACUUCCCGAAGCAAGCGGGCUGCCGUCGCGCUUGCCUCCAUGGCAGGAAACGCCCUUUUCGCCUGGAAAGGGUGACACACAGGACUCUGCACAAGUGAGCACUCCUUCAGGCACUCCACGCGUGCAGCCGAUAAGUUCCCCGAAGCGAGAAGCUCUUUUUCGGAUGUCCCCUCCCCCGGUACCAAAGCGUUCUCUGCGCAGGACUCUUUCGCAAUAUUUCCGUGCACGGAAACAUUCUGGUGUCCCAAAUCCCCGCGCCUCUGCACAACUGCCAACAGCCGAUCGGGAGCAAGCAGUGAACCGGCCGCACAGAGCUUCCCGGCUGAUGAAGAGUUCUCCGUCUUCUGCAAGUCACCAGGCGCAUGGAGCAGCGCCUCAUCGGCGGCGCGCUGCUACCUCACCCCAGCCUCGCACACGCAGAGACCCAGCAGGUCCAGUUGGUCGGACGCUGAGGAAUUGGAUUAGCGACCGAUUAUCCCGCGCAUACAGACAUGUCAGGAGCAGGCUGCGCACGGGAUAUGCCAGACUGCUCCGGCAACUUCAUUCCAUGACAGAGAAAAUUCCCACACCACCAGUACAGCUGCCCGGUCAGGAGUGCGUAAACGUUUUGGGGGCUCAUGUCGCUCGACAGGUGGCCGACUGGAGGCAACAAAUGGGACGCACCUCGCUCGAGUUUGCAGUGGAUGCAGCUUUUCCUCGCGAUAAAGAUAUUUCGUUCAAGUCAUACAUCUCAAGGAAAAGUGUCACUUUACGCAUGGGGAAGGUUUUAGGAGGGGGUGCAAGGAGCAUUGUUGUGGAGGUAACGCGAGUUGAUACCGGCGACAGAUGGGCUUUGAAAGCUUUCCUGGUUCCACGGGAUGUCAUUGGCUCCCCUGGAACCCCACCGCCUUGGGACGCAAUCAGCGAGGAAGCCCAUGCGAUAAAAUUACUACCGCAUACAGUUCCAGCUGUAGUUUAUCGAAACCUGCGGUUUCUAGUCCCCGCCGACGUGUUGAUAUACGAGGGAGACGGAAUGGAGAAGCUUUGGAACAGACGCGGAACGGGCUCAAACUUCUACACAACCUAUCUUCUUUUCCCAAUAGCUCAAGGUUCUCUGUUGGACGCUGUCAGAGCAAUGUUCCGAGAUGCGAGACGGGGCAAUGCUGAGGUGUCUGAUGGUGAGGCAGCACGCACCCUGGCCGCGAAUGUGAGUUUUUCGAUUCAGAUUAUCCGCCUCACGGCACUGCUUCACAGCCACGGGGUUGUGCAUGGGGACUUCCAAACGAAGAGCUUUUUUUUGUGUCAAGACGGCUCUCUGUUCCUCGGUAGAGUCCGCAGUCUGACGCGAGUAGGAGCCCCAUAUCGAAGCCCCAGUUCCGCGACAGACAGUCCUCGCUGCACUCCCCCAGAGGUGCUAUCCCCCCCAGAAAAUGCGGCUUUUACAUUUUCGCUGAAUGCCUGGGAACUUGGUUGCAUUCUCUACCAGCUCUGGUGUGAGGGUCUUCCGUUUGGUCUGUCCCCGACACCCGAGACACCUGGGAAAAUCGUGCUGCCUCCUGUCAUAACAUCGCCUUAUUUGCAGACAAAGAAACGAUCUGGCUUAGCGGGCACAUCAACACGUCCAGUCAAGCAUCUGGUGUUCACUGGCUGCGUUAAAAACAUGCCCGUUGAAAUGCGACAAUUGAUUCGUCGCCUGCUCCAGGAAGACCCACACAAAAGGUUACUCCCGACUGAGAUUCUUCGGGAUCCUGUUUUCCAGAAACUCGAAGAGCAAUCGAGGCCACCGGACGCCCAGGCUUAGAUGGGGUUGACAUGUUUCGAACCCAGUUUCGUUCUCGGAAGGUUCUUGCCCGCUAUUCAGGGCAUCUGACUCGGUCCAGCUUUGAGUGCCUUGUGCCUGCACAGUGUUGAAAUUCGAAAGCGUAGGUGCACCGAGAUGUCCGUGUCACUGUUCUAGCCAGUUCUCUCCUGAUGCUUUUCCUCGAACCUCCAUACUUGUACGAUGUUGAUCCGCAAAUACGUGUCUAUUGAAAGGGUUGCACACAAGGUGUGUGUGGAGAGAGUUUGUUUUGCAAGCUCGUGCUUCUGUAUCACGCAACCACGCGGGACACGCUCCACAGUGUGGGGCCUCUAUGGAGGACGACAUUUUUGAUUGUUGUUGAUCAAUUCAUCCAAUAGCACAAACAGGAAAGAGUUUUUUCGUUUGCUGCUCGUCAACGCGCUCUUCUCUCGUUGUGCCUCUCACCUGCGUCCUCUUGCCCUCGCUCCGCUCCCAAGUCUUGCAGAAAUGUCAAUUUAUAACGAACUUGUGGCUGAGUAGACAAAUUUAGAAAGCUGGGCUGCUGACCAUAUUAAGCG